UCCUAGUGACCGGCUCCAAACAAUAUGGCGGCGCGCUGUGCUGAGGAUGAGCAGCCCGUUAUUUACAUUAGGGAGAUCCCGCAGGAGUAAGAUCCUUGGCGGCCACACACCCGAGCUCAUGGAUAAAGCGGCCAGAGCAGGGAGAAGAGCUGCGCCUUUUAAAGCCAAUGCAGCCUACUCAGUUGCAAGUCUCCCGUCCGUCAACAUUUUUCCUCAACAGAAGGAACACUACACCCCUGAGAAGGAACAUGGUUUAAGUGAUUUUGAUCUAUUAAGCAGCACUGUGAAGAGAGUGGGCGAGUUGGAGACACGAGUGAAACUACAAGCCCGGGACAUCCAGCUAAAGGAUAAAGAGAUUGCAAUCUUGGAGCAGAAGAUCGAUAAAUUACAAACACAGAGGAAAGAACAUCCAGAAGGAGAGGAGCAAGUUCACGAGCUUGAGAAAAAAUGUCAGGAACUGCAAAAGAAAGUAAAUGACAUGGAGCAAUUUCUUAGUGAUUAUGGACUUAUUUGGGUCGGAGAUGAAGGUUCAUAUGAAGAGUCCAAGCAGGAGACCCUACACAGCAGUGCAGGACACUCUUCAUACAGUUUCCAACCAGAUUUUGAUCUGGUCCUUGAGAAUCUGCGGGACUUGAAUGUGCUGGGAGGAGAAGGUGUAUCACAUGUAGAGUAUAAAGAGGGGACUGCACGCCUGAGGCCUCCUGAGCCUCUACCACUUACUUUAUAUAAAAAUGGAAUCAUCAUGUUCCAGGGGCCUUUUCGUUCCUACCAAGAGCCAUUAACACAGCAAUGCCUGAGGGACAUUAUGGAUGGAUACUUUCCUUCAGAAUUGCAGACACGUUUUCCCGAUGGAGUUACUUUUCAGGUUACAGAUAUGCGUAACGUUGUAUUUCGUGAACGUAGGACAUGGGAUCGGUUUCCAGGUCCAGGUCAAAGUAUUGGGUGUGCAGAAGGAAACCCAACUGAGACUAGUGAGAUACCAGGACCCCGGCUUUCUGUACAACAAUUCUUAAAUAGGCUCCCUAAAUCUGUUAUCCAAAGUGGCCGCAUCAUGGAUAUUCAGGGUCCCGUUAGAGACAUUCUGUUGGGGCACAAAGCAGAUGAGAAGUUGCAACAGAGCCUAGUAGAAUCUCCGCUUGUGUUGUCAAUGGAAAAGGGAUCCCAGGCAAAUGUAAUUGUGUGCACCCUACGAAUCAAGUCUGAGGCAGGAGACCACACUUACAAGGUGCAAAUGUUGUCCACUGAGACCAUUGGAGAUCUGCGGGCCUACCUUUCUCAACAUAGUGCUUCUGAUGUUUCAUCCUGUGAUAUAAUCAGUGGAUUUCCCCACUAUGUUUAUGACAACAACACUUGUACUCUUCAAGAGGCUGGCCUUGUACCCAAUGCACUGCUCCUACUUAGAAGGAAGAAGCCAAAAGAUCCUGAAUAACAGAAGUAACUCCCAACGACCAAGCAUCUGUACUGUGAUUUUAGAAGAGCUUAUGUAACGUGUAAAACAAACGUACACUUAAAUUUUGACUAGUGUAAUAUAUUUUAUCUGAAUUUUACCCAGUGAGUACUAAUUUAUGAAGAACAUGAUCAACAAGUUUUAAUAAAAUUUUACUGCAAAUAUCUGUAUCUGACAGUCACCUUGCCCAAGUAAUUCAGAAGUUGCUCACGUGUAGGGAGGAGCAAAUAUAUCGCUGCAAAGACAACAGAUUUCUGAAAUGACGUCACUGAAAACAAUAUAUAGCCAGAUAUGUGAUAAAUUCUCUAUAAUAUGGACGCAAACAAUCAUAUACAAAUGUAGUAAA